AUGCACUUCUCCGCCCCCGUUGUCCUCCUGGCUAUCGCCGCUGGCGUCCAGGCUGGUUCCCACAAGCAGGCUGAGCCUCCCGUCCACAAGAAGGAGGGCUCCGUCUCUGCUCACGCUACCGGCACCGGUGCCCAGACUGGCACCCACCCCAUCCAAACUGGCGGUGGCCACAACGGCAACAGCACCGUCGUUGUCACCUCCACUGCUCCCUGCGCCGGUGGCGCCUGCGCCUCCUCCACCGCCGCCGGCACCAAGCCCACCAGCUCUGGCAACGUUGUUGGUGGUGGCUCUGGCUCUUCCGGCUCUGGCUCUUCCGGCUCUGGCUCUGGCUCUGGAUCUGGCUCUGGCUCCGGCUCCUCCGGCGCUGGCAACACCCCUGCCUCCCCCAGCUCCACCGGUUUCACCCCCUCCAACCCCGGUGCUAAGGUCGCUGUCCCCAUGGCCGGUGCUGCCCUGGGCUCCAUUGCCUACGGCCUGGCUCUGCUCGCUUAA